UUUUGAAAUUUAUCUCUCAUUAGUUUAAACCGCCGGAGACCAAAAAAAAAAAUGAAGCAUCUCAUCCGCCGCCUCUCUAGAGUCGCCGACUCAUCCUCCGAAUUCUCCAUCCGCCGUUCCACCUCAUCCUUCCGCAACCGUCGCGGUCAUCACCGUCUCCACGCGCCGCCGCCUCAGUGGUCAAUUUAUCCGGCGAGAAGAGUCAACACCGUCCCCGCCGGUCACGUACCUGUCUACGUUGGCGAAGAGAUGGAGAGGUUCGUGGUUAGCGCGGAGCUUAUGAACCAUCCGAUCUUCGUCGGUUUGCUUAACCGAUCCGCUCAAGAAUACGGUUACGCUCAGAAAGGAGUUCUUCAUAUCCCCUGCCACGUCCUCGUGUUCGAGCGCGUGGUGGAAACGCUCCGGCUGGGAGCAUUCGAAGAGUACGGUGAGGUACAGGAUUUCGUGGCUUCGUUGCUCUCCGGUGAUGAAUUGAUACCUGAAACUACAGAGUAGCUUUUCAAGAAGAAUAAUCCAAAUCGGCGAUU